GAAUCAUGGAUGUGCACUGCUGAGGAGUCGCAUACUAGGAUGAAUCGGCCAUCCAGUGCUCCCAGGUUUUCCAUGGUGGUCUAGCUUCAACUAACUCAUGAUUUCAAUCAGUGAAAAAUCUGUUUGUAAAAGUUUGUUAAUUUAAGCAGCGCAUUUUACAAAAGUUGUUGCUAUAAUUUGGGGAUGGCCCAAUGGAUGGUUGGCAAGUCAAUCUCGAAAGACCAGUUAAAUCGUUUGCUUGAGCAUAAGUACCACUGUGAAGGAGAAAGCAUAUGUGACAACCUACUUAAGGACUUUUGGCGGAUAUCUUCUCUGUAUAUACCGAGAUAUAUUGCUCCAAAUACUCUCACAUUACUUGGUUUUCUCGCCAAUGUAUUUGCUUUAUGCUUGCUUUUGUCUUAUGGGGUAUGCGAAUGUAUCAAUCACAUUUUUUAAGGCUUGUUUCUUCACGUCGUUGGUGUUUGUAGUGUGUGUAUUCGCGUAUCAAACUUUAGAUGCCUUAGAUGGCCUACAAGCUCGCCGUACAGGGUCGUGCUCUCAGCUUGGUGAACUGUUCGACCAUGGUUGUGAUGCUUUAUCCACAUGCAUCCUCCCCAUAAGUUAUUUCAUCAUCAUUGGUUUUGAUGACUGGCCUAUGUUGAUGUUCAUACAAUACUUCUGCAUCCAAGCUUUAUUUUAUGUAGCCCAUUGGCGGUGUUACGUCACGGGAGUUCUUGCAUUUGACCGAGUCGGAGUGACAGAGGGACUUUUAAUUGGAAUUUUAUUUGGGACGUUAUCUUCAAUAUUCGGUCCAUCUAUUUGGAGUAUAAAAGAUCCACUUCUCGGUUUGGAACUCAAGGUUGUUCAGUUCCUCGUGUUCUCUGUUGUCAUGUUUUUUCUGGCGGUUCAGUUCGCUGAUACUAUUUCUCAAGGUGGUUGUGGUAAAUACGGGACAACUGUUGCUAAUACUAGUGUACUGUUUCCAGUUUGCCCUCUUACACUUGCACUUGGUUUUCCUGUUUUGGUUGCUAUUAAUUCUCCGGUAAAUCUUUAUCACCAAUCACCUUUUAUUUUCCUGUUGGCGUUUGGGAUCGUUUCAGCAAAAGUUUCUCAACGUUUAGUGAUUGCUCAUAUGACUAAAAGUGCUAUCUAUUUGUUUGACGCGGUUAUGUUUGGGGCAGCUUUGUUAGUCAUUAAUCAAUAUUUUUCGUGUCCCUUGCCUGAAGUAUUAGUUCUAUGGAUAUCUUUGGUGAGUUAGUGUUGGUUUUCUUAAUUACCUUUAUGUGAAAAAUUUCACUGAUAAAGCGUAUACUUUUUUCUGUAUAUCAUUUAUUUGCUAACACUAUAAGCCAAUUAAACUGGGGAGUUGGGUUGUGAAAAAUCACAUGUAUGGGUGACUAUUGCGUCUCAAUGACAUGUAAAACUGAAACAUUGGAAACAUAAAAUUUCGGGUGAGCUCAUAAUAGUAAGAGAAAGCCAAGGCACAAGUUGAAUAAGCAAAAGCAAACGAGCGACUAAAAUGACCAUUAGAACCCAUAAGCAGUAGUACAUUGAAGACCUAGCAAUGACAGCGGAAAAGGCUACAACAGAACUCAAAUGGGUCAACUAUAUGAUACAAAGAAGUAACUGACAGGGAAAUAUAGUAAGCCAAAGCAACCAGCCAAAAACAAAGAAAGCGAGACAAUCACUGAGAUUCACGAACACCGGAACAGAUGGGUAGAAAAUUUUUAGAACUAAAUAGACCAGCCACACUGAACGCACCAGACAUCGAGGCAGCACACACAGACUUUAUAGCUGCUACCCCACCUACAAUCGGAGAAAUCAGGAUGGCUGUCAGACAAAUCAGGAGUGGAAAAGCAGCGGGUCCUGACAGUAUACCAUCUGAAGCACUGAUGUUAGAUAUAGAGAUGUUGCAAGCAUGCCCCUCAUUCUAUUCAGAAAGAUUUGGGAGGAAGGACAAUUGCCAACAGACUGGGAAGAAGGUACCUCAUCAAGAUACUCAAGAAAUGAGAUCUCAGCUUGUGUGAGGACUAUGGACGAAUCACACUACCAUCGAUACCAGGAAAAGUCCUCAACAGAGUGUUGCUGAACCGGAUGAAAGAUCCAGUAGACUCCCUGCUUCGAGAUUGAUAGGUCGGAUCCCGUAAGGAUCAGUCGUGCACAGACCAAAUCAUGACACUACAGGCGAUCGUCAAACAAUCAUUUGAAUGGAACUCGUCACUAUACAUCACUUUCCUUGACUAUGAGAAGGCGUUUGACAGCGUGGAUAGGAGAACACUAUGGAGUACCUGAGAAGAUCGUCAACACUAUCCGGAAUUCAUAAGACGGACUGCAAUGCAAAGUCGUGGAUGGAGAACAGCUGACAGAUGCAUUUUAAGUAAGGACCGGAAUCAGACAAGGCUGAUUACUCUCUCACUUUUUCUUCUUGUGGUUAACUGGAUUAUGAAAAUCUCUACAUCUGAGGGGAAGCACGGAAUGCAAUGGACAGCUUGGAUGCGAUCAGACUAUUUGUGCUUCACAAAUGGUCCAUCCCUUCUAUCCCACACACGUGCAGGUAAAGACAGCCAAUGUUGCAGCAGUAGGCCUCAACGUAUACCAGGGAAAAAUCAAGAUGUCGAAAUAUGACACAGUCAGCACCAACCAAGUCACGUUUGAUGAAGUAGCUCUGGAAGAGGUGGAACGUUUUACGUACCAAGACAACAUCAUCGAUAAGCAAGAAGGGUCUGAUGCAGAUGCAAAGUGAGGGUAGCAUUGCUGCAACUAAAGAACCUGUGGAACUCUGAACAACUGUCUGCAAGCCAACGUCAAAUAAUCCUCAAUAGGAACGUCAAGACAGUUCUACUGUACGGAGAUGAAACGUGGAGAACUACUAAAACCAUCAAAAAAGUUAAACUAUUUCUAAACAAUUGUGUACAUAAGAUACUCAAUGUCCAUUGGUCGGAUACCAUCAUCAAAAAUCUACUAUGGCAGAGAAAAAACCCAGCUAUUAUCUGAAGAGGAAAUUAGGAAAGGAUGCCGAAGGUAGAUAGGACACAUAUUACGGAAGUGAUCAAAGGCAAAAGGAAAAGAGACAUACCAAAAAACACAUUGCGCUGGGAAUGGGAGAUAGUGGUCAAAAGAAUAAAUAACACUUCGAAACAACUGGAAAAGAGAGCUCAGGACAGAGUUGGUUGGAAAAUCCUGGUCGUUGGCCUAUAGUCAAUUCGGUAAGAUAAUUUAAAUUGCCAAAUGCUAAAAGACAUUUUUAUUCAGGAAGUGAUUUCUUCGGCCAUUGACUCACCAUUUGUGACAUAAGCUUCUUCUUUAUUAGAAAUAUUUGAAGUGGUCAACAUUUUAGACUAUUCAAUUGGUCCAUCCGCUGAGCACAGUAUAAAUAUGUUAACUAAGGAUAGAUAGCGCUACUCUAACUGUGCAAAUUUACUUAAUAAAGAGACUGAGAUAAUGUAUUUAGAAAAACUCACUGCAUAGCGCAGUCCAAAAACAAAGUUUUCUUUGGAGGAUAGUAGUGACACCUUUGCUAUCCUUACACUGUCCAAUCAAGGUUUUCGGAAGACGACAGUCUGUUUAGAUUUCAUUCUAAAAAGAGUGCGUUUUUUGUGUUAUCUAAACCAGUCAGAUAACGUUCUAUCCAGAGACAAGUUCCUCACAAUUUAUGAUUACUUUCAAAAGUAUAUUUAUCAGUCAUUUAACUAAACGCAACUUAAAACCUGCCAUAUUUGUACAACAAUUCAAGCUGCCAUACCCUAGUAGCAUAGCGAGAUAAAAUUGUCAGCGAAAAUCCUAAAGUGGUAGAAUCGACGGUAAUAGGAAAGAUUAAUCAUCGAAGAUACGAUUCCAGUAGAAAAUAUAAAUCACUGGAAUAAAUAAAUUUAUAAGGCAUUUAGAAACCUAGGUUCUGAAUGGAGACCAAAAAGUGAAGGUAUCUGUGGGACUGUCAAAAAAUUUUUUAAGCCCCAUCAUUUACAGUCUAACCACUGGAUACGGCAAUCACGUGGACCCUAACCAGGUAGUCUACACCUACACUUACAUGGCUUAGCCCAACAGUCCAUGUCUUCACGGACUGGUCACACGUCUUGGCUUGCCCACCCGUAGCUAUCUUCCAACCUAUACCAGCCAUCGUCUACCGUUGUGGUAGUCAGUGGAUUGGCAUGCGCAAUAUAUGUCCUAUUCACUAUGUCAUUCGAUAUACCCUAUUUACCUGUGGGACGAGAAGAUGGAUAUUGAAGAGCGAAAAUCCUUUCGAGUAAUUUAAAUAUAAUUUCAUUAUAUUUUUUAAUUAGCAUACCUUAAAAAAUAAAAUCUCAAUCGAAAUAAGUUACUAUUUGCUUAUUAUUUAUAAAUUCUAGACAUUUGGAGCUGUGAAUAUCAUAUUAUAUGAUGCUGAUGUAUGCAUACAGUUGGCUGACUUUCUUAAUAUAUAUAUAUUCCGUAUUGGUCGACCAUCAUCUAUGCGUCACAAUAAUAAAAAUACACCCGUAAAGUCGUCAGUUCAAGACAACACUUACAAAAAUUCACUUCGUACACGAAAUAGUUCUCGUAAUUGAUAAUAGUUAAGAAAUUUUUUUACCAGGUACUUUGUAUUUCUGUUUUCUCCUAAAUUUACCAUUGGUACAUAUGAAUGUAUACAUUACAAAAUUAUACACAAAAAACUUUCAUUUAAUUUUGACUCAUUCGAAUAUAUAUAUCUUUUUAUGUGUACAGUAAGAAGUAAUCGGAAUCUCAGUUUUGCUUAUUAUCCUCAGAACAUCGUAAUUCACGAAAUGAUUGAAUUGAAAAUCAGUUUCGUUUUCCGCUGUACAAAAGUUUCUAUUUAUGCGGUUGACAAAGUCCGCGUGGUUUGUAAUUUCCAUGGCUCAAGAUACGUAUGAACUUUUACAAUUGAGUGCAUAAUUUCCACCUAUUUAUCUUUCCCUUUUUCUUAUCGUGUUUUUCUUUAUUACUUACUUUCCUUGUGUUUUGCGCGCCACUUGUACCAGUCAAAUUAGUUUAUUUUUAUAAUUAUUUAUUUAUUUCUCUGAAAAUAAAGAUCCACAUUUACGAUUAUCUGUUUCCCAUUUGUCUUAAGAUUAUGUUGUAUAUGUGUAUACAUCAAAUCCAUUAUUAAUUCCUGUUAAAAUAAAAAAAGAUAACAUAUGCCUGGUUUUCUUUAUACAUACCAGGUUUCAAUCUACGUAGCUUUCUGUUUUGAGUUUUUGUGUGUAUUUGUAGGCAUUGUUGAUUAUUGUACUUUUUUUCUUAGAUAUUUCCCAUAUCAUGAUUUACUUUUAUUGUCUGUAGAGUUUUUUUUGCAUUAGAGUUUUAUCAAGCGGAUGUGCCAUGCAAUUAUCAGUUGAUAGUAAAGCUAAUUGACACAUACGUUAUUUUGUGUAUGAGGAUAUCGGUGACUUAUCCUUCUGCUCUUUCUUUGUAAGCAAUUAUUUAGUAGUUUCUGUAGUGCCAACAGUCCAUUUCACGUACAAUCUUUACAUAUUAUAAGAAAAAUAUACGUAAUAAAUGCGGUAGAAUUAUGUUCCAGGCUUAUUGGUCAUAGUAGUACUAUUAGCGUAUAUGUAUGUAUGUAAACCUGUCUAUCUCUUGGCUUUUAGUGAUAGGUUUUAUUUACAAAACGUAAACAGAUUGCUAAACAGUACAAAAAGAACACGGUUUAUAGAAUGAAAUAAACUCAUUGUAUGUACGAUUAGUAAUUAUAUAAGUAAUAAUAAAAUUAUAAACAUGGUACAUGAACGAAGAAUAUUAUUUUCAAUGAAUUCUCUUCAGGUUCUACAGUUAUAUAUCCCGAUUAAGACUCUAAAAGUGGACUAGGUUUAAGGCAAAGUACAUCGUUUCGAAAUUAUAGCAUGUGAGUUUAAAAUUGAUCAAAGAUGGAUAGUGGCUAGCAGUGGAAUCCAGGACGCGCGUUUCGUCCCGUUUGGGACUUGUCAGCUGGAUGUACCCGUACCUCAUAGUUGAUGUUCACUCUGGGACUCGAACUCAGUACCGUUCGCUUCAAACGCCAUCGCGUUAUCCACUUAGCUACUGAGUCCACUUGCUUGUGCAAUGGGGCGAAGUUUAAUUCACUUUGUAUUGUUUUACUUGAAUCUUCCCAUUGAUGUUUUAGGACUGAAAUUGAUCAGUCUCUUAUUGGUAUAUGUGCCAACUGUGCGUAUGCCUCGAUAUUGCCUUAAUUUACAAGCAUUAUAAGCAAAGACGAGUUCCAAACAGGACGAAACGCGCGUCCUGGAUUCCACUGCUAGCCACUAUCUAUCUUUGCUUAUAAUGCUUGUAAAUUAAGGCAAUAUCGAGACAUACGCACAGUAUGCACAUAUGCCAAUAAGAGACUGAUGAAUUUCCGUCCUAAAAUAUCAAUGGGAAGAUUCAAGAAAAACGAUACCAAGUGAAUUGAGUUUAAAAUUGUUUGUAUUGUUAAAUAAAAUGAAAUCAUCAAUAUUGGGAUGACUGAUAUGAAGUGUUGAUUUCAAUAAGCUUAUACGCUAUUACUACUAAUAUAAUGCUUGCUAACGUUUUGGAGAAGUUUAUUCACCAUCAAUCUCUUUAUACUAAUUUGUAAUUCAUUCAUAUCAUUCUGUGUAUUACGUGAUUUUUAAUUUGUAAUUACAUUAUUCUCUCUCAACCCAUGCUAACUAUGUUUAUUCUGAUCAUUGUUUAUCUCACAAUUUCAUUUUAUGUAUAAACCAAAUCAAGUCAACACUUCAUAUGAGUCACCUAAACAUUAACGAUUUUAUUUUAUUUUACAAUCCUUAAUUCAUAUGCUGUGAUAUUUAAAUUAUUUAUUCUGCCAUAAACCUAACCACUUUUUGGAUAAUUAAUUUGGGUAUAUAAUUGUUGAACCUGAAGAGAAUUUAUUGAAAAGACUCUUCUUUGUUCACGUGUCUGUGCUUUAAUAUGAUGGGAAUUUUCCGGUAAAGAAAAAUCUAUUCUCUAAUAACAAUUAUAAAUAAGGGUUUAACAUAAUCAGUGGUGUUUGGAUGAAUUUUCGAAAUGGAACUAAAGUUCAAGAGGAACAUGAUACAGGAAAUAUGAUUAAAUAUAGUUAACAUUGAUUAAUAUGUAUAGAGGUUAAUAAUAAUAAUGAUGAUAUAGAGAAAUAGGGAUGAUGUUAUGCUUAAUAAUAAUUAAAUCGUAAGAAAGAGUGACGAAAUUAUAAUCAAAAUGGUUGUAUGAUCACUUAACAAAGAAACCAAGUCAUAUUUAUGUGAGCAGUGACAAAAUUGUUUCGUAGGGGUUAUUUACUUGAUUACAAUUAUAGUCAUCAUGGCAGAAGGUAUAUCACGCCGACUUUCCGUAAACAGGUUGGAAAGUUACUGAGAUGCUAUCUUCAAUGAACCUCCUUUUCAUCCUGUAUGUAUUAUGUCAGAUAUUAGUAACCAAAAAGUCAUAACUUAUUGAACAUAUAAAUUCAUAAGUACAGCUCGGGGAUACUAUAGGACCAAUGAUACAUGGGAUAAUACAUGACGUCAUAUUAUUAAGCUACGUUCAGUUGCCUUUUCAUCCUAUCAUAUCAUUUUACUAAUUUCCUUCCCCACUCUACAUAUGUGAAAUGUGAUGACUCAAAUCGAUACAAAUCGCACACUGCAUGUCGUACUGAACAUACUUCACGUAAAUUUAAUACAUACUGAAAGUAAUCAAUGUUAUUCUAACUAGAAUAGCACAAAAUAAAUAUCUCACGGAUUAAUCAUCAUGUAGAAUUAAAAACAGAUUCAAUGUUGAGCAAGAAUCACAAUGAGUUAAAAGUGUGAUUAAGCCUUUUCAUCCUAUCAUAUCAUUAUACUAAUUUCCUUCCCCACUCUACAUAUGUGAAAUGUGGUGACUCAAAUCGAUACAAAUUGGUGACAGAUAAUAUGUUAAUUAUACCUCAUUGAUUGAGAAAGUAUUCAUUUGAUUUACUCCUCAAUUAUGAUACUUUUGUUCGUUAUACUGUCAACUGACUUGUUCCAUUGUUUGGUCUGAUGGAAACUAGCCUUAUGAAAAUGAAUUUCAUUUUGUAGAGGCAUUGCAUAUACAUUAUGUGUUGAACUGGCCACCUCCCAGCUUUCUCUACACCAUAGACGAGUCGGAAAAUAAUUAUCUAUGUACAUAUUCCUGUGAAUGCAUUUCCAACACACACAUACACGCAUAAGCCAUUCAAUCAGGUGUUUGAACAUAGGAACACUAAUUGGGUUGUCGUCAAUGCUCACAAUUAUGUACUGACGAACCUGCGCAUUACUAACCGGUAUUCCUAAUGCACGUCAGCAAUCAUACACAGACGACGAUGGUUGAAUAUAGAAUGUCAUCGAGAACUCCUAACUGAGGAAUGUUGGUUUUCACGAUCAUAAGGCGAAACUGCUCCCAGUGAUGUGUCGAAUAGUCAGUGUACAACAGACAGACAGACUAACAGCAUGACAUGUAUUGCUAGCUGGUGUAUGAGUAGACCGGAAGCAAGCUCAUCAUCGCUAUUAGUGGUUGGUGACGUUGAGUGAUAUAAGUCAGGAUUGGUCAUGAUAGCUUAUAUGUAUUCGCUGCUUACCUUCUCCUAAAUUUCUCUUUUCAGUGUUUCUAUACACACCUUCUCAUUGCUUCUUCUCAAACCAUAUUCUCGAUGUCUAAUCUCAUAAUGAAAUAGGUAAUACUAUUAUCUUCCCUUCUUAUUAAUUGCAUCUCACUGCACCAAUGUAGUAUGUCAACCGUAGAUGAUGCAUGUUAUGUCAGGUUGUAAAUUGAUUAUAAGCGAGUUUGUGAUGUGAAGUGUAAGAAUAAUAUUUUAGUAAGGGG